GCAACAUCUACAGGAUAAAAAAAGGCCUAGAAGAAAAAAGAUGCCAAAAUUUACAGUUAAGGAACUAAGAUGUUGGGGAGAGAAGUUUCUCCAAUACCUGACAGAUACUGGGAGAGAAAAUGUAGGAGACAAAGAAGAACUAAGACGUAUUUAUUCAGAAUUCAAAAACCGUGAUGAUCAGAGAAAACCAAGUUUUUCAGCUGCAGUCUAUGGCCUUCGGGUUGGCAGGAAGGUUUUGGUAACUUCUAACUCUAUUACUUUUAACCAGCUUGUGACAAAACCAGUGUUACUUACUGAUCAAUAUGUGGCUGAGAGGAGAGAUCGAAAACAAGAAUUCCUAUCGGUGCCGCUUUCUGGCAAUGGCGUCAACUGUAGUAAAGGACAAGCUAGAAAGAUAAUUCGGUGGAUGAAGCAAAACAGGUCCAAAUUCAUCGGUGACAAUGUUGAGAUUGCCAUAGACUCAGAUUAUGACCUGAAUGAAGGGAAAAUCCGUAUUAAAUUGGCACCAAAUGAGCCCCAAACAUUUCCAAUCCGCAUUAAGAAUAAUUCUCAUAACCCGGUGACUCUUGUUCAGUAUAAAGUGUUGCGUCGAAUGAAGGUCUUCUCAUUCACAGACGAUUUCAGUGUGUCCAAGUCCAAGCCUUUAGUGCUGAAACCAGGUGAUAUUUACCAUAUCCAUGUUCGUUGUUCAACGGCCUACUAUGGAUAUUUCCCAGUUACAAUGGUGUUUGAAUUCCUGAGAGAAAGUGAUGCACCCAAUGGCUUUUUUAUUGGGCGAUUUCUAUCUGUUGUGUCUAACAGUAGAUUAUAUGAUGACCUGGCUCCAACAUCAAGCUACGUACCGUACCAAAGAGACCUACUGAAACCAACUGUGAGGACUGAAGAUGAGGGGUUCCCACCAGAUAACUCCCUGAAGUAUGAAUUAGAACGAAAGAUUCCACUUGGAGAUUCCACUCCUCCUAACCAUCUGAGGAACAGCAUCCGUGCAGGAGUGUUCUCCAAAACAGGACCACGUACAGUGUUCCCAGCAGAUGCUCAGGACAGGAAUCUCCUAUCUAGUGCCCUGAACUUCAGCAACUAUGAUAAGCGGUUCAGUUUGCUGCUACACCUCGAGGAGAUACAGAUGGAGAUAGAUAUCAGAAAAUAUGAUAAAACAGGGGAGCAAAUGGAAUGUGAUCCAAGGAACAAACGGCUUCUGCUUCUUCAUGUACCUGGUGUUGCGGAGAGCAGGCCUUCAGUAUUACGGGGAGAUCACCUUUUUGUUUGCCUUUCUGACGAGCGCACAAAUCCCGCCGCUAUCAACUACAAGGGCUACGUGCAUGGAGUUGAACUGGAGAAAGUCAGACUGGGGUUCUCCGUCAACCUUUUAAAAAGAUUUGUAACAGGCUUGAAAUUUGAUGUCAUGUUUACAUUUAAUCGACUACCGCUAAAAGUUCAGCACAGAGCUGUUAGCCUGGCUAAAUCGUCCAACAUUGAGCAAUUUCUGUUUCCAACAUCUUCCUAUGGGCAAGCAGUCACCGAUACAGAAAGGCUAACCCUUUAUGACCGAAGUCUUGAGACCAACAAAGAACAGUACAAUGCAGUAAAGCAGAUUGUGGGUGGAUUAUCUAGGCCUGCUCCUUACCUCAUCUUUGGCCCACCAGGAACUGGAAAAACAGUCACCUUGGUUGAAGCGAUCAAACAGGUUUUAAAAUGCAUUCCUACGUCCCACGUUCUGGCAUGUGCCCCUUCUAACAGCGCAGCCGACCUGAUCUGCCAGCGUCUGAUGAAACACGUGGACAAGAAGGGCAUUUACAGAAUUUUAGCCAGCAGCAGAGAAUUCCGCACUGUGCCAGAAGACAUCAAGCCAUGCUGUAACUGGGACGAUGGGCAAGGGUGUUAUGUGUACCCCUGUAAAGAUAAGCUCAAGACAUACAGAGUUAUCAUCACAACACUCACAACCGCUGGAAGGCUGGUGUCUGCCGAUUUCCCAAAAGAUCACUUUUCUCAUGUGUUUAUUGAUGAGUCUGGACAUGCAGUGGAGCCUGAGUGUGUGAUAGCAAUAGCAGGGCUUUUAAAUGUGAUGAAUCCACAAAGCAAAGGAGGGCAGCUGGUCCUGGCUGGUGAUCCGAAACAAUUAGGACCAAUAUUAAGGUCCCCGUUGGCUAUUGAGCAUGGAUUAGAUAAGUCUCUGCUUGAAAGGCUGAUGACAGAGAAUUCUCUUUACCAAAAAAAUAAUCAAGGCUACAACUCCCAGUUUGUCACAAAGUUACUGAAGAACUACAGAUCGCAUCCCAGCAUUCUGAAGAUUCCGAACGAGCUGUUUUAUGAUAAUGAGCUUCAACCAUGUGCAGAUCAGCUGCUGUCAAAUUCCUAUUGCUCAUGGGAAAAGUUGCCUCGUAAGGGCUUUCCAAUCAUUUUCCAUGGUGUAAUGGGGAAAGAUGAGCGGGAAGGCAACAGCCCAUCCUUCUUCAACCGCAAUGAAAUUGAUGCGCUUUUAUCAUAUCUAACAGCUUUGCUGGAAACGCAGGGGAGGAAUGGACUGGCUAAGAUUUCCCCUAAAGACAUCGGUAUCAUCUCUCCUUACAGGAAACAGGUUGAAAAAAUCCGAAAAGCUAUUGACCUCCAGUUUAAAGGGGUGUCUGAUAUCAAAGACCUGAAGGUCGGCUCAGUCGAAGAAUUUCAAGGUCAGGAACGGAAAGUGAUUAUUAUAUCCACAGUGCGAAGCACCAAAGAUUAUGUGAAGUUUGAUGAAGAUUUCAGUCUGGGCUUUCUGAAGAACCCCAAGAGAUUUAAUGUGGCAAUAACAAGAGCAAAGGCGCUCUUAAUUGUGGUGGGCAACCCAAUAAUACUUUGCAAGGAUCCCAACUGGUCUGCGUUUCUAAAGUAUUGCACUGAUGCUGGAGGGUACACAGGCAAUAGACUGGAUGAUUGUGACGACCUGCUAAAUGAUGAAGAACUUACAGAGCUUUUCAGUGGCUUGGACGUUAAUGAACCACCUGCAGGACAAGAUACUGGUGAGAGCUUUGUCCAGCAGCACGUAGACCCAGGCUGGAGAUCUGAUAUCUGAUCUGAUGCCUUCACCAUCAACCUACCGAACCAAAGAUCUAAAACACAGAACCGUGUUGAGACGUUUGUUUGUUUAAAAGCACUUUUUUUGUU